AUGCACUCACCAACUCCCGACCCGCAGACCCCAACCUCCGCCUCUCGCGAGAACAAACCUGAGCCUGGCACUGGUAAUGGUGCGAGUACCGGCAAACCAAAGACGGUCUCUGUUACGGUCGUAGAUCAACAGGGUGAUGAGAUUACAUUCAAGAUUAAGCGCGCCAAGCCUAUGUUGAAGAUCAUGGAGGCUUAUUGUCAGCAUAAGGAAAUUGGGGAUUCGCAGAGUGUGAGAUUUCUCUACGACGGUACCAGAGUCAAGAAAGAAGACACAGCGGAUAGUCUAGAAAUGGAUGUUGAAGCUCGGCUUGAUGUUUUUUUGGAGCAGCAAGGAGGUGGUCAUUAUUAA